AUGCCUGCCCCGCUGCUUCCCCAGCGAAUCCAAAGGCGGUACAACCUCGACAUGCGCAUCAAGCUAUUCAUGGCCUAUGGGAAUACAAAUCUCUCGGAUAAGGCUAUUUCUGCUAGAAGGUAUUCCACGCACAACUUGGCUGACAUGCCUGAGUAA